CUAUUCAUUGAAUGCGCGUUUAGAUUUUCCGUUGUAUCGAGAAAAAAAAAGAAGAAAGAAUGCGCGCUUAGGACAAAAACAAAACCUCAAAUAUAAUAUUUAUCUCUAGCCUCUCUCUCACAUAUAUUAACUAUUAAUUGAAUGCGAGUUUCCGCUUUUCGGUACAGCAUUGUUCGUUGCUUCAACGCUCGUCCUUUGCCUCUCUUUUCGUGCGCUCUCUCUGCUCUACUCAAUUCUAUUCACAUCCCAUUCCUACCCAAAAUCGGAACUCCAAGUGUUCGACGAAAUGCCUGAGCGAUGGUUUCGCUCAUCACCUCCCCAAAUCACUUCCUCCUCCCGUCUCGACUCCUUCGAGUUUUGAAUUUUCCCGCCAUUUCUCCACCUCCGGCAGCCGUCGUGGUCAAUCCGAGGCGGCGUCUACGGCGGCGGCAUCAGCCACCGCGUACGGCUGGGUGCGGCGUCGAUCUAGAAGAGUACUGUUCUUUUGGGUUUGUGGAUUUGAAGAGGAGGCAUUACGAGGGGUCGUCUUGGUGUUGUUCGUGUAAGGGUUGGGAUAGUGAGGGAGAUUUGGGUUUGGAGGCUGAGAUUUUGGAGUUUAUGAACAAAUCGGAGAAGCCGGAGGUGUUUCCCACGAAGAAAGAGUUGGUGGAUGCAGGUAGGAUGGAUUUGGUGGAGGCUAUUGUGAAGAAAGGGGGUUGGCUUUCUUUGGGUUGGGAUUUGGGUAAUGACAAUGAUGAUGAUGAGGAGGAGGAGGUUGAAGAAAUUGACAUGGCUGUUAGAGAUUGUGAUGAUGAUGAGCAAGUGAAGGUUCAUGAAAAUGGAACAAUGGUUGUAGAUUGUGAUGAGGAUGUUUUAGUUGGUGUUGUUUUAGGGGACCAUCAACAGAGAAUUGAGGGUAAUGAAGAGAGUAAUUCAAUAGGCGGCGAAAUUGAGAGUUAUGGAGUUUCUUCUUCUGGUAGAUCACUUGAAAUGGGAGAUGAGCAAGAAACUGGGAUAGAGGGUAUACUUAAUAGGUUGGAGAAACAGAGAAAUUUGUCUUUUGGAAUUAAUAUGGAGAAAAAUGGAUAUUCUGCGGGUGCAUCAAGUAAUUACGGUGGAGAUGAUUCGCAUGAUGCAGACAGUGCUGAUCUUGGAAGAAGCAGCAAACUCACACCAGGUAGCCCCAAGAGGGGCAAAAUCAACAAUUCAGGUGGCAUGUUUAGCCAUGGAAGAUCUGUCUCAGAUUUUGAUGGUUCCACGAGCUCACUGAAGCCAGAAAUGUGGCGUACUUGGAGCAUUCAACGGGCAGGCUUCUCGGAUGCAGAAUUUGAGGCAGCUGAAAUUUCUUUUAAUGACAAUCAAAUUCAUGAGGAAAAGGAUGCUACAGAGUAUGAAGUACUUGCAACAAUGGAGGGUUCUACUGAAGCUUUGGACAAACAGGAAGCUAUUAAUCACAAAGAGAUACGAACUCGCCUUCAGCAGAUGGAGCUUGAGCUUGCAUCGGCACUUCACUUAUUGAGGUCCAAGAGCGAGGAAUUGGUUUUCAAAGAGGGUCAUGAAACUUCCAAUGAUCUGUGGAAGCUUUCUGAUGCUUGGGAGUUCCAAGAAAAUGAGAUCAUGAGUGCCCAGGACAGAUUGCGGUCAAUACGUGCAAAGUUGGCUGUAUUAGAAGGGAAGAUGGCACUUGCAAUUAUUGAUGCACAAAAGACGGUAGAAGAGAAGCAGAAGAGGAUUCAUGGCGCUCGUAGUGCUUUACAACUUCUUCAUACUACCUGCAUAGUUUGGCCUAAUGCUGCCUCUGAGGUUCUGUUAUCAGGAUCUUUUGAUGGUUGGACUACUCAGUGCUGUCUUGCAGAGGAAGAUGGAGAAAUCAAAGAUGGGUAUUUUUUCUGCGUGCCUGAAGUUGUAUCCGGGUAGAUAUGAGAUCAAGUUUAUAGUCGAUGGCAUAUGGAGGACUGAUCCACUGCGCCCCACAGUUUGCAACAAUGGACAUGAGAAUAAUCUUCUUAUUAUAGCAUAAAGGCUGCCAACAAUAUAAUUCAAUGAUAGAGGCAGCACAGAAAGUGUACAUGCUGCAGCCUUUUUCCUUUUUCAAUCAUCAAAGGGUUAUUUUGAAAAGAUGAUUAUAAUCAGCUUUUUGGUAAAAAGCUACUUAUAAGCAGCUUAUAAGCAGUUUUUUUGUGAGAGAGGAAGUGAGUUAUAAUCUGAGAAGUGGAUUAUAGCCCACUUUCCAUAAGAGCCCAAAAUGGGUCAGGUGGUGAAUUUAUUUUUUGUCAGUGGUAUGAAUAGUUCAGAUUAUUUUGGAAAUUGUGGGGGUUGUGUUUUGUAGGGGUCUCUAUUAUUACUGUUUUUAAAGUAUCUUUUGCCAUAGGAAAUUGGUAUCUAUACCGCCUUAAUCUUACAAGUUUGUAUCAUCUAAUUGUUUUCCUUUAGAUUUUCUUUUUCACUUUUAUUUAUUUAUUUAUUUCAUGUGUACAUCUGACUACGUGAAGAUAAUCUAAUCCAAUCAAAUUGAAAAUUCUUUUACUGCUA